GGCGAUCAGGUGGGAACGGAACGUAAAAAAAAUACAUUCACACUAGCAGCAUUGUUUUUCUCGCUACCACGCUGGAAUCGCUUUCAUGGCCGCCAAAGAAAGAAAUGAAGUCAUCUUAAGUGAAGGCAAUGGCCUUCAGAGCACCAAACUGCUCGCUGAUAAAGUAAACGCGGUCUGUUAUAUCGAGACCGCGAUCAUAGACCCUUCGUCCCGCAAAGAGCGACUAAAGCGAGGCACCGGUUUCCUAUCCAGACUAACCAAGCUUAAAAGUUUCGCUGAAGUUUAUGGUGUGUUCACUAAUAAUCACGUGUUGGGAACAGAAAACGAAGCUGAAAAAGCUUAUGCCACCUUCGGCUAUGAAGGAUCGAACAAGGGAGAGAAGGUUAAAUUAAAACCGGAUAUAAUGUUUCGCACUAACAAGGACCUUGAUUAUACAUUUGUUGGUGUGAACAAGGAAGAUUUUGAUGGGUUGAAUCUAACAAUUGAACCCAUACUCGUGGAACCAGAGCCAGAAUUGAAAAAGGGGGAGAACGUCAUGAUAAUUCAGCAUCCUAAAGGACAGCCCAAGCAUUUCUCUCAAGAAAAAAUUUUAAAUGUAGAGAAACCCUUUGUGUUCUACAAAGCUGAUACAGAGAAUGGUUCUUCUGGUUCACCUGUACUGACCUCUGAGGGACUGGUACUGAUUGCUAUACACCACAAAGGAAGUGAAGAGCUGAGUUACAAUAAAGGAACAUUGACAAGUGAAAUUCUGAUGCAUUUGCAGGAAGGAACGUAUACCAAAAAUAGAGGCAGCCUCUCAGACAGUCAGGAUAAGGAAAUAUUUGAAGUUGAUCCCCUGCCCAAAAGGGUAAAGAUGAGCCAAGGGAAUGAUGAAAGUCAUGAACAGCCAUCAGAAGAAGUCUUGGAGAACUUAUCUCAAGACAUUGUUUCAUUCUGGAAGCCUCUAGGGCGAAAGCUGAAAGUUGUGAACGUCAAACUAGAGGAAAUUCAGGGGGACAAUAUCCAGUAUCCUGGAAUAAAGGAAAAAGCCUAUCAAAUGCUUUUAGCAUGGAUUGACCAAGAGGAGACUGCAACAUUUCAUCACCUUUCAGGGGCUCUCCAAAGUCUUGGGAAAAACAGACUUGCACACAAAUACUGUGGCACAUCAUGAGUGCAUUUUGUGACAGUUAUAAAGAGAUGUUGAAGUACACAGUCCAUUAAUUUCAAAGUUGUCUUGUUAAAUAUCAUUUUUUACAAGCAUUGCUUUUAUGAUCUUUAAUUAGGUAUUUUUGUAUUACUUGACUGUAGUUUUCAAAGUGUACAUAUGACUGUAAAUACUGUAUUUUAGACAUCUUAUAGAAAAUUUAUGACAAAAUAUUUAUUUCACCAUCUUUAUUAGAUAUCAAGUUAUCUGGUUGGCUAAAGGUUACUUGACUGAAUUAACAGUAUGCAGGAUUCCUGCUACACAUGAGCCCUAUAUAUGGUCAGGCCCAUCGUUAAAAGUAAAGUUAGCUAUAUUACAUCAUUAAAAGUAAAGUUAGCUAAAUUACAGGACAAGCGUAUUGUGUGUCAUGGCCUACAUAAAUAUAUUCCAUGAUAUUCAUAAAGCCUUAGCUAAUGACAAAUAUUUACUGCCAACCUUAAAUUUCUAUAAUCACUAAAACUUUCAGACGAGUCCAGACGCCCCUCCCCCACUGUCCACUUUAACUUGAAAUCGAACCUGGCAGGUCGAAUAAACGAUUGCGAGUUUGCAAGGUUAACUUGUCUAAAUACAUGGUAUUCCCCACACUCAUUCUCUUUUUUCCCACGUUUCGUCAAACUUGGAAGACUCUAA